UUUGGUGAGGGUACAAAGGUAGCAGUCCGCUAUCCACCUGUGCGUCCCCAGUAACUCGAACAAGGAAAUAGCAAACUAACAGAAACAUGUGUGAUAUGCGAUGGUAUGAAGUAGGCCUACAAUGGGAAAUAAAGUAACAAGAACCUUCGAUAAGUGGGGUGUUGAUACAAAGAAGCUUAAGCUACGGCGCAAAAAGAGGAAAGAUGAACAGCCAACUCCUCAGCAGACAGUAGAUGCCCAUCUGUAUGACACUGUGCCAGACGAGCCUAUUUAUGCGAAGGUGAACAAGAAGAAACGACAGCCAGAGGAGGAGCUGCACUAUGCAGAAAUCCAGGUGGUGCAGUCAGGACAAAUGGCCAGCAGAGAGAGACAGAGGCCACCUCCUGUCAUCACCACUGAGUACGCCUCUUUAGGCUUCAACACCACAGCACACACAAAGGCCCCGGUGUCUGCCGGUGCCAGUUCCAGGGACGCUGCAGAGAUUCUCAUCCCUCCUGGAGCUCUGCAGAGACCAAAAUCGAAAUCACACUCAAAGAGGGGUCCUGGUGCUGAUGAUUGGAAGGCUGUGUUAGUUUGAUUGUCUUUCUUUCUUUCUUUCUUUCUUUCUUUUUUUUUUU